GAGAUUCUGUUUUGCUCACUCUAUGUCAAUGUUUUAGCCUGUGUUACACUACUGUUAAAAUGGAUAAAAGGAAGCAACCAUACAGUGUUACAGCGUCUUCUCUGGUUGAUUUGAAAGCGGAAUUAUAUCGGAAGCAAGAGCAAUUUAAGCACGACAGACUUGGCCAAGAUGCAGGAGGAGGUGCACAGAAGUCCAAGACAAAGAUAAAAAAGCCUAAUAUCUGGAGUAAACAGAAUGAAGGAGUCAAUGCUCGAGCACAGAAGGACGUUCAGCAAACGACUGAAGAAGAAAACACACUAGAUAAAUCUAGGCAGAAACUGGAGGAAAAGGCACGUCUUUAUGAACAAAUGACGAAAGGAGAUUUCCCAGAUGAGGAGACAGAAAGUCUUUUUCUGGUGGACUUCACCCAGAAGAUCAUCAACCAGAGGAAUGAGCCACAGACAUGCACUGCAGACCGAGAUGGAGAGGACUCUGAUGUGAAAGUGCCCGUUCCACCUCCACAGAACACAAAUGAGGAAUGGGUGGACUAUGUUGAUGCGUUGGGACGUUCUCGAAGAUGUCUAAGGAAAGACCUACCAGAUUUUCAGAAAAUGGAUGAAGAUCUUCACAAUAAGAGGGUGACUGGUGCUGACAAACAUCUGUUGUCUGAAGACAUGAGGAGAGAAAUGCAGAGAGAAGAGUGGGAGAGAGAGGAGGAGGAGCAGAUGAAGAGGCCUGUCGGACCCAUUCACUAUGAAAAUAUUAGAGACCAAGAGGCCAGAGAGCUGGGUGUUGGGUAUUUUGCUUUUGCUCAUGAUGAAGACCAACGCAGAAAACAGAGAGAAACGUUAGACAUGCUGAGAGACCAGACCACUGAGCAGCGCAGCAAACGUGAGCAGCUAAAAGAGAAGCGGAAAGCUCUGCUCGAGGCCCGACUUGCUAAAGUGAGGAUGAGAAGGAUGAAGAAUGGCAAGAUGGAGUUAGGGGAUGAACAAGUUGCUCCUGCAGCUGAUGGUGCUGAGAAUGAUGAAGAUGACAAAGAUGAAGGUUUGGUUGGACCUCUUGCUCCUGCAAAAGUGCAGAAAGUGGAGGUGGAGAUUCAGGAGAGAAAAGACACCAAACCUGGCGUUCCUCAUGUACGAGAGUGGGACAGAGGCAAAGAGUUUUCCUGGGGUCAGUGGACCAGUCGGCGUCGAGAGGAGCGAGACUCAGAGUUUGCUCCUCCCUCCGCUUAUUUUGCAGAGGACAGGAGGGCUAAUACCAGCAGAGGAGGGCAGAGCAAAGGAAAACAUGCCUUCAAGUGGCCUGAAUCCCAAAGCGCAGCAGAAGGACACACAGAGAACACAUCUAACCCUAUAUAUGCUUCUGAGAUGCCCACAUAUAAACAGCCUUCUCAAACACAGACUGCUCAAACACAGAGUCUGGACGACCUGCUGUCGUACUACAAACACUCCACAUGAACAAGUGCAAGCCAGAAAAUCAUGUGGUAACUAAAGAAACUGCUUCAAAUUGGAUGCGUUAUUUUCAAAAAGGACGGUUUAACUGUAUAAACAUGUAACCUAAAUGCGAAAAUAGAAUAAAAGUUGAUCUUGA